CAGAUAAGGCACUUGGUGCUCAACAGGUGCCUCCUUAAAGUUUGCAGAGAUACUUCAUGAGUCACUGCUAGCUGUUGCCUCUAACACUAACGUGACACCCAUAUCUGACUUGUAUGCAGCUGGGAGCACAAUGGGAUCCUACUGGAGUGCUCGUGAGAGUGAAGAAUGUCCAUGCAGCUCCCUCUCAGUAAAAAUCAUAAGGAUGAGAAAUCUGAGAAAAGCAGAUCUCUUUAGUCAAACUGACUGCUAUGUAAGCCUGUCCUUGCCUACUGCUUCCUCUGAGACUGUCCGGACCAAAACCAUCAAGAACUGCAAAGAUCCAAUCUGGAAUGAAACAUUUUGCUUCAGGAUUCAGAGCCAAGUAAAAAAUGUUCUAGAACUGAAAGUCUAUGAUGAAAAUGCAGUCACUAAAGAUGACCUCCUCUUCACUGUCCUCUUUGAUGUUGCUAAAAUACAGCUUGGAGAAACUGUUCGCUUGACAUUUCGAUUAAAUCCAGAGACACAAGAGCUGCUGGAGGUUGAAUUUGCAUCAGAGAGCAUUCCGGUUCCUCCUGAAAGUCUUGUCAAUAAUGGCGUAUUAGUGUCUCGUGAAAUUUCCUGCUUGGAAGUUCUGGUAGACAAUAAACAGAUGAAGAAAGAAGCUUCAGAGAAAGACUUCUUGUUUUCAGUGAAGGACUCAUAUGAAGAAAGCCAGACUCUGUCACUGGGCUCUGCCCAGCAACCCAAAAAGCCCCUUAUCUUCCAUUAUAUCAAGUACAGUCUGCCAGAGCUGUGCAUAGCUCUGGCAGAAAAGAAGCCGUCCUUCUGCUGGGGUACCUCAUGUGAAGAGAAAAGAGAUUGCAGUGCAUCCCUCAUGAUUCCUCUGGAUUCAUUUCCCUUCAAGGAGAAAGUAGCGGUAGCAAAGGAUGAAACAAUCAAUUUACAUGUGAAGUCAACUGACUGGUCAAGAAACUUAGAUGUUCGCUUGGAGUUUGAUCUAUGUAUGGAGGAGAAAAAUUUCCUACAGAAACGGAGGAAGUUGGUGGCUUCUGCUCUGAAAAAAGCUCUUCAUUUAGAACGGGACCUACAAGACCAUGAGGUACCAGUUGUAGCAGUCAUGACAACAGGAGGUGGCACCCGGGCACUGACAUCUUUGUUAGGCAACCUGCUGGGUCUUCAGAAGCUGGAUCUCUUGGAUGCUAUUUCAUACAUCACUGGGUCAUCUGGCUCAACAUGGACCUUGUCACAUUUGUAUCAGAACCCUGACUGGUCACACAAGGAUCUCUUGGGACCAAUUGGUGAAGUUCGCAGACACAUGACCAAAUGCAAGCUGAGCUGCUUUUCCCUGGAGAGCUUGAAGUACUAUGACCGGGAACUAAAUUUGAGGAAGCAAGAAGGAUACCAGAUCUCUAGCAUCGAUUUAUGGGGGCUUCUGCUGGAAAAGGCAUUAAGUGAUGGGAAAAACAACCACAGACUCUCAGAUGAGCGACAAGCAUUGAAUCAGGGUCAGAAUCCCCUACCUAUCUACAUGAUCCUCAACAUCAAAGAUGACUACAGCCUUUCAGAGUUUAAAGAAUGGGUUGAGUUCACACCUUAUGAGGUUGGGUUCUUAAAAUAUGGUGCCUUCAUUCGCGCAGAGGAUUUUGGCAGCAAGUUUUUCAUGGGUCGCUUGAUGAAGAAGCUCCCCGAGUCUCGGAUCUGCUUCAUGAAAGGCCUGUGGAGCAAUGUAUUUUCAUACAACCUCUUGGAUGCCUGGCAUUCAUCAGAUCCUUCAGAAAGGUGCUCACUGAGGUGCACCCAACACAGGGCUGUUGAUGUUGAAGGAGAUGAGCCUUCUCUACCAGCCAAGAACCAUGAGCUGGAGACUUACUUAGUCACCCCUGAAUGUGGCAUCAUGGGCAUUGUUCGGGAGGUCCUGUCUGAGCGAGUGAUGGUUUCAAAGUUCUACAACUUUCUGAAGGGGUUCCAGAUGCACAAUGAAUACCUUCAGAGCAAAAGCUUUCAUAUAUGGAAAGAUACUGUACUUGAGAAUUUCCCCAACCAGCUGACAGAAACAGCAGAGUUCCUGUGCCUUGCCGACACAGCAGGAUACAUUGAUAUCAGCUACCCACCACUCAUGAGGCCAGAGAGAAAAGUGGAUGUUGUCCUACACUUAAAUUAUUCUUCUGGAUCACAGACAUCGCCUUUGGAAGAAGCCUCCAAGUACUUCUUAAAACAGGGAAUCCCAUUUCCCAAAAUCCACCUGAGUGAAGAGGAAAAGAAAAAUCUAAAGGAGUGUUACAUCUUUGAAGAUGCAGAGACCCCAGAAGCACCAACAGUGGUGUUUUUCCCGCUGGUGAAUGACACGUUCAGAAAAUACAAAGAGCCAGGUGUGGAGCGUAGCCCUGCUGAGAUGGCAGAGGGCAAUGUGGAUGUUUCCAGCCUUUUUUCCCCAUACUGCAUAAACAGCUUUACCUACACAGAGGACCAAUUUGACAAGCUGGUAAAACUGACCAGUUACAACAUUCAGAACAACAAGCAUCUGAUUCUUCAGGCUUUGAGUUCAGCAAUAGAGCAGAAACAGCAACACAAAAAAUGAAUGCUGUCCUGAGUUCAGAAAGAUGCCUAUAUCACUUUUUCUUCCCCUGCAGAAGAAUCAAGACCUGUUGAUGAAUGAGUAUAUGGACUUUGGAAAGUACUAAGACUUAUUUCAGCUUGUAGUUCCUCUCUACCAAGUGAUAAUCCUGGAUAAACCCAUCAAAAAGAUUAAUGAUUAAUCUUGUACUUUAUUUAAGCAGGUUUGCACUGUUUGUGAUUUUUUUCAUGUGUUUAUCUCUAUAUAUCUAUAUGCAGUAAAUCAAAGAUUAGGAAAUAUGGGGCUUAUUGAUGAGUUUUUUGAAUGCAUGAAUGUGGAACAGCAAAAUAACUGUCAAAAUGUAUUGCACUAGUAAAAGUUGUAUGUGAAGAUAAAUGAGAUAGAUAAAUGAGAUAGUUGUUUAAUUUACUGCAAAUUCAAUGCAAUAGAAGAACAUGUAAUAAAAGUGGACAAUCUUAAAGAAUAAGAGAAAAUUAAAUUUUGUUUUGAUGUCAGCCUGAAAUUUUAUUGCAAAUAGCAUGCAAAGCUAAACAUAAAAGUUAUAAAAAAAAAGCUGAGAUUUCAUGUGUAAAAUGCAAAUUGUUCAUACUUCUGAAUUCUGAAUUUUAUUAUGCCACUGAUAUUUGGGUUUGGAAAAUCCUCUGGAAGUGACUGCUCCAUACCCUGUAGUGAGUCACGAACCGCUCUUCUGGUGUAUGUGUAUGUACCUGACCUGUGGUUGUGCUUUUCCUUAAAUACUUAUGGUGUUUAGAAUAUCCAUCUCAUCAUCUACUUCCCAUAAGUUUCAACUGGUCUAAUAGUAUUUCUUGUUACUAUGGGAUAGGGAUUCUGUGAGAAUAAAAACAUCAAAAACUGAGAGACAUUCAGAUUUUGUGGUAAGAGGACAAGCUAACUGUUUU